AUGGAGGUGCUCGCCAAUGCUACCGGCUUUGCCUCGCCCCUCGCCAACAUCGACAUCAACUCCAAGAUCCAGGCCGCCAGUGCCUCCGGGGUGGUGGGCAGAUUGCUACAAUCCCUCAACUCCUGGACGGUUCUGGUCACGGUCCUGUUGAUUUUGGUCGCGUAUGAUCAAGGCAGCUACCAAUGGCGAAAACACGGCAUCGUCGGACCGGCCUGGAAGAUGCCCUUUAUCGGGCCCUUUCUGGAAUCGGUGCACCCGGAUUUCAAAAAGUACAAGCAGAAGUGGGAGAGUGGCGAUCUGAGCUGUGUUUCUGUCUUCCACAAGUUCGUGGUCAUUGCCUCGAGUCGCGAGCUGGCUCGAAAAGUGUUCAACUCGCCCGGCUUCCUCAAACCCACCGUGGUCGAUGUGGCGCCCAAGCUCCUGGGCGCAACCAACUGGGUGUUCCUGGACGGCAAGAACCACGUUGAAUACCGCAAAGGAUUGAACGGACUGUUCACCCGGCAAGCGUUGGAAAUGUACCUGCCGGGCCAAGAGGAGGUCUACAGCAAAUACUUCAAGAGCUUCGUGGACAUGUCCAAGGAGAACGGCAUGGCUCCGACGCCGUGGAUGCCGGUCUUCCGAGAGCUCAUGUGCGCCGUGUCGUGCAGGACCUUUGUCGGGCACUACAUGAGCGACACGAUCGUCAAGAGAAUCGCCCACGAUUACUACCUCAUCACGGCUGCGCUGGAGCUGGUCAACUUCCCCAUCAUCAUCCCCUACACGAAGACGUGGUACGGCAAAAAGGCAGCCGACAUGGUGCUGGACGAAUUUGCCAAGUGUGCGGUCAAGGCCAAGGUCCGGAUGGCCGCCGGCGGUGAGGUGACGUGCAUCAUGGACGCCUGGAUCAAGCAAAUGCAGGAUUCGGCCAAGUAUCGAGAACGCCUCGCUCGCGGCGAAGAGGUGCCGGCGUCGGAGAAACCGGCGCAUGUGCUGCGGGACUUUACCGACUUUGAGAUCUCCCAAACCAUCUUCACCUUCCUCUUUGCCUCGCAGGACGCCACGUCGAGUGCCUGCACCUGGUUGUUCCAGCUGAUGGCGGGCCGGCCGGAGGUGCUGGCCAAGGUGCGAGAGGAGAACCUCCGACUGCGCGGCGGCGACCGGAACAAGCCCUUCGACAUGGACAUGCUGGAGUCGAUGGUGUGGACGAGGGCGGUGGUCAAGGAGACGCUGCGAUAUCGCCCUCCAGUCAUCUUCGUGCCGUACGUGGCCAAGAAGGACUUCCCGGUGACGGAGAACUACACGCUGAAGAAGGGGUCCAUGAUCAUUCCGGCGGUCUGGCCGGCCACCCAUGAUCCUGAAGCCUACCCCAACCCGGAUAGCUUUGACCCGGAACGAUGGAUCACGGGGGAUGCGGACAAGCAAGUCAAGAACUGGUUGGUCUUCGGCACGGGACCUCAUUACUGUAUAGGCCAGACGUACGCGCAAUUGAACCUCAUGGCCAUGAUCGGCAAGGCGAGUAUUCUGCUGGACUGGGAACAUGAACCGACCGCUCUCAGUGAAGAUAUUGAGGUGUUCGCCACCAUUUUCCCCCAGCCGUAUGCGUAUGUGUACUGCAUUCUGGGCAGGCUCGAGAGGGAGAUCCUUUUCUACGUCGAGACCGGCGCGGGUGGAUUUUACUCAUGCGGUACGUUGAUCCUUGACCUUGACCUUGACCUUGACUUUGACCUUGUCCUUGUUUAUUUCUUAUUUCUGGUCUGGUGCUUCGAGAUCAGAUCCAGUCAGGAUCGGGUUCUGUGUCUGUCUGUGUCUGUCUGUGUCAUCGGAGGAGGCGCCGUCGGUCUGGCCAUUGCCCGCCAGCUUGCCUCCAGGCCAGGCACUUCGACCAUCCUGAUCGAGCGUCAUGGGAUGGUGGGGUCGGAGACGAGUAGUCGGAAUUCAGAGGUCAUCCACGCCGGUCUCUACUACGGCCCAGACUCCCUCAAGACCAAACUCUGCAUUCGCGGCAAACAGCUCCUCUACGAACUCUGCGCGGCGCAACAGAUCCCGCACCGGCGCACCAAGAAAUGGAUCCUGGCGCAGGACGCGGCGCAGAUGGCCGAACUGGCGCGGCUGCACGAUUUUUCUAAGACCAUCGACGUGCCGACGCGGUUUCUGUCGCGGCGUGAAAUCCACGACCAAGAGCCUGACGUGCGUGCCGACGCUGGCGUGCUGGAAUCGCCCACCACCGGCAUCGUCGACAGCCACGCCCUGAUGGCGUAUUUGGAAGGAAGUCUGGACGAGCGCGGCGGUCAGGAGAUUCUGAAUACGGAGGUGACGAAGAUUGAGGUGUUGGGAAAGACCAACACCGGCACCAACACCACCAACAACACCAGAACCAACACCAGCACUGGCACUGGCACCACCAACACCACCACCACCACCAACACACAAGGCUACGCAAUCACAACCCGGUCCCGGACUCGUGACGGCGCCCUCGUCGAUGAAGACACCAUCACAGCCGAAACAGUCAUCAACUCAGCCGGCCUGGGCGCAGUGUCGGUGUCGAACAUGCUUCUCCCACCCGCGCGGCACCGCACGCCCUUCUACGCCAAGGGCAGCUACUUCAGCUACACUCCCAGCCCUAGCAGUGGCGACCCCAAACCCAAGACGCUACUAUACCCAGCGCCCGUGCCAGGUCUAGGCGGCCUCGGCACCCAUCUGACGCUCGACAUGGCCGGCCGCGUGCGCUUCGGCCCGGACGUCGAAUGGGUCGACGACCCGACCGACCUGACGCCCAGCCAGGCGCGGCUGGACGCCGCCGUGCCCGUCAUCCAGACCUAUCUCCCGGGCGUGCGGCGCGACGCCCUCGCCCUCGACUACUGCGGCAUCCGGCCCAAGCUGGCCCGCUCGAGUGGCACCUACGGCGUCGACGGUAAGGGGUUUGCUGACUUCUAUAUCAGAGAGGAAGAGGGAUUUCCUGGCUUCGUUAACCUUCUGGGAAUCGAGAGUCCGGGCUUGACUGCGAGUUUGGCCAUUGCCGAGCUGGUCGAUCGGAUCUUGUAUGCGGGGGGUGAUCAACGAGAUGUUGGAUGA